AUGGAGCUGAUCCUGGGGCCUGGUCCUCCCCUGCCACCACCUUUCAGCCUUCUUCUAUUACUUGGUCUCCUUGUUAUUGGGGUCUGGUCAUUGCUGCCUGGGGUUCGAAGGCGGGAGCUGUUGUCAGCCAAGAUUGGCGAGACUUUAAGGCAGCAAAAAGUACCAGGGAACCAAAAAGUCACAAAAGUUCCACCUCCACACUGGGAGGAUACUCUCCAGAUGGGAUGUACAGGAGCUGACCUGGCCUGUUUUUCAGGGCUCCCUGUGAGCUGGGCCCAGAAUUAUACUCUCUGGUCAAUGGAUAGGAGCCUCCAGCAUAUUUUCCAGCACCUGGACAUUGCAAGAUCCAGCUUCCUCAACUUGUCCUUGUCUUCACAAGUGACCUCAACUCCUUCCUCCAGCUCUUCUACUACUGGGCCUCAAGACUUGCAAACCCUGACAUAUGAGUGCCACAGACCAGGGUUUUCUGGGGUCCAGAGAACCUCUUCACUUCACACCAAUCUCAGUGCAACUCAAUCCCUUGCCUAUAUUUUUAGAGAUAGCCUAGAACACCGGAGCCAUAGUCUACCUAACCCCUCCAAAAAUUAUUCUGGACAAGAACGGGUGCUCUCCUUGCCUCCUUUUCUGCUUCCUCAAGCUAAAAAAGAUACCACAGGGAAGAAUAUCUUUUUGGACAACUGCACCUGUAACUCCAUUCGUAAACAAAGAUUCUGUGAAACCAAAGCAGAGGAGGAAGAGAAUGACAGCUGGCCCCCCAAGGAGACCAGGAAUUCCUUGGAGCUCCAUAUAAGGAGAAAGCUUGCUCAACGUUUGGCACAUCCUUCAAUUUUCAGAACCAUAAAGCUCUCUAUCAGACAAUAUCCUUUGGCAGAUAGUCCCAGCCAAGAGAAGAAGACAACAAAAAAGAGGGAAGGAAAUAGAGUUCUUAAAGUUUCAAAUCCUCUUCUAUCUUCAAAUCUUCGUGAAAGACCCCGGCUCCCAUGCUGGGCUCCAUUUCAACUUUCACAUUCAGCCCGCUGGGUGCUAGAGGGACACAUGGCCUGGAAAGUAUGUACACUGAGGGCCCAGAAAGUACCCACAGCUGUGAAGCAGUCAUGGGCAAUGAUGAAUUGUGUCAUUAAAGUACAGAACGAAGGCCAUAAAUCUGGAAGCCCUAAAAUCCAGGCACCUGUGUCCUUCCCUCAGAAUAUUGUAAAGGGUACCAACAAAAAAUCUCCAGAUGUUUCAAGCUCUCAACUUCCUAUGGAUUUGGAAACUGACCAGACAAGACCAACAACUCCUAAAUCAUCCAAAGCAGACAGCCAGCCCCAGCCAAGACUUGUUACAAAGAAUCCCUCUUUCUCAGGAGUGGAUGUCAUCCCAGGGGAAGCCACCUUCCUGCAGGAGGACGUAAAAAAGAGGUUGGAACUUUGUACCAAGAAGAAGGUCAAUUGUCUUCUAAAGAAGGCCAUAAGACAACAAAAAGAGGCCCUAAAGGAGGAUGAAAAAUUGAGCAUCAGGUUAAAGCUUCAAGUUGUAGACACCAUGACAUUGCUUCAGACUAUGGAAUCUGGGUCAUUGGGCGGCCCAGGAUCCCAGGUUCAAAUCAAAGAUUCUAAAGGAUUGACUCCAGAGUCACGUGGUCAAGUUAUAGAUUCUUUGCGGUUAAACUCAGGGCCACAGGUUCAGAAACCACAGGUUCAAGAUACAAAUGAUGUGGAGCUAACUCUAAUGCCACAGAAGCAAGAUAAAGAUUCUAUGGCACUCAAAGGUCCAAGUUCAAAAGUUCAAGAUAUGGAUUCUGUAACAAAAACCUUAGUGUCCUGGAAACAUGAUGCAGAUUCUAUGGAGCUCACCCCAGGAUCACUAGUUCAAGAUGUGGCUUCCAUGGGGCCAACCCCACAGUCACAGAUUAAAAAUGUGGAUUCUGUAGGACUGAUUCCAGGGUCACAGGUCAAACCAACAGAUUCCAAGGGGCUAGUACAGGGGUCACAGGUCAAACUGACAUAUUCCAAGGGACUGGCCCAGGGAUCACAGGUCAAACUCACAGAUUCCAAGGGGCUGACCCCAGGCUCACAGGUCACACUCAUAGAUUCCAAGGGGCUGAUCCCAGCCUCAGAGGUCAAACUCACAGAUUCCAAGGGGCUGACCCCAGGGUCACAGGCCAAACUCAUAGAUUCCAAGGGGCUGACCCCAGGGUCACAGGCCAAACUCACAUAUUCCAAGAGUCUAAUCCCAGUAUCACAGGUCAAAUCAACAGAUUCCAAGGGGCUGACCCCAGGCUCACAGGUCAAACUCACAGAUUCCAAGGGGCUGAUGCCAGGGUCACAGGUCAUACUCAUAGAUUCUAAGGGGCUAACCCCAGGGUCACAGAUCAAAUCAACAGAUUCCAAGGGGCUGACCCCAGGCUCACAGGUCAAACUCACAGAUUCCAAGGGGCUGACCCCAGGCUCACAGGUCAAACUCACAGAUUCCAAGGGGCUGAUGCCAGGGUCACAGGUCAUACUCAUAGAUUCUAAGGGGCUAACCCCAGGGUCACAGAUCAAAUCAACAGAUUCCAAGGGGCUGACCCCAUGCUCACAGGUCAAACUCACAGAUUCCAAGGGGCUGACCCAGGGGUCGCAGGUCAAACUCAUAGAUUCCAAGGGGCUGAUGCCAGGGUCGCAGGUCAAACUCACAGAUUCCAUGGGGCUGAUCCCAGAGUCACAGGUCAAACUCACAGAUUCCAAGGGACUGACCCCAGUGUCACAGCUCAAACUCAUAUAUUCCAAAGGGCUGACCCCAGGAUCAGAGGUCAGACCUACAGAGUCCAAGGUGCUGACCCAGGGGUCACGGGUCAAACUCACAGAUUCCAAGGGACUAAUCCCAGGGUCAGAGGUCAAACCCACAGAUUCCAAGGGGCUGAUCCCCAGAUCAGAGGUCAGACCCACAGAUUCCAAGGGGCUGAUCCCAGGGUCACAGGUCAAACCCACAGAUUCCAAGGGGUUGACCCAGGGGUCACAGGUCAAACUCACAGAUUCAAAGGGGGUGACCUCAGGGUCACAGGUCAAACUCAAAGAUUCUAAGGGGCUGACCCUAAAGCCACAUGUUCAAGUCAUAGAUUCUGUAGAGCUGACCCCAUGGCCACGUAUUCAAGUUGUGGACUCUCUGGGGUUGACCUCAAGGUCAAAGAUUCAAGUCAUAGAUCCUAACCAAUUGACUCUAGAGUUGCAGUCACCAACUGGGGAUUCUUUCCAUCUUAUACAGGGCUCCACACUUCUAUACAUCUUAGGUUCUAGUAGGAUUGCAGCUAAGCUGAAACAAGGGGACUUGAAUGAAAACAUAGUGCUUCAAAAGCCCUUUAUUUUAAGAAUGUCUAGCAAAUUUUCCAAUACAGCACAACCUUCAUCUCUUCCCAGGCCUCUAUCUGAGCAGCCCUCCCAUUCCUUACACCAAUGCCUGUUCCAGGCUCCUUUACUCCCACUUUGGAAAUCUGAGAAUAGUUUCUGCCAGGACGGAUUAAGGACCCCAAGAGCCCUAAAAUGGCAAGUGAAGGCCUGGGAGCAGCGAAUUUCAAAGGGAAGAAUGGCAAGGAGAAAAUCAUCCUCAACUUCUUUCAUGCUAAAGAAGAACCUGUGGGCUAAGAUGCAGCAAGCACAUCAUACCCAGGAAGCUCAUGUCCAAAGUCCACCUCAAGUUCCUUGUCCACAUGCCCCAAAUUGGCAUUUUGUUCCGCCAAGACAAUUGAUGGCUUCCCAGAGCCAGCAAGGGAAGAUUAUGGGUACCCCUCCUAGGACUUCAUUUUCUGUUAACUACAUUCAGAGAGACACCCCAUGCCAACUCUGUAGGGAAAAUCUACCCUUCAAUGAACAGCUAGAGAAUUCCAGGCCCAGUACAUCUCAGGACUAUCCCAACUUGACCACGAAAGAAGCUCAAGGCAGCAGUGAACCUAUGGAGGGAAGGAAGGAAAGGGAACAAGUACUCUCAGAGUUAAGUGAGCUGCCUCAGAGUCUAAGUCCACAACUGCCUUCCUCUCACAAGGUACCUAGUACUGAGAAGAACCCUGCUUCAGUGGAGCAGAAGGAAAAACCAGAUGUCAGCUCACAGAUAAGAACUUCUGAAUCUCAGCAUAAGCCUCUGUCAGUAACUUCUUCCCAUGAACAGACCCAGCUACUACAAGACCUGCAGCUGAAAAUAACAAAACGGCUCCUAAAGAAUCAACUAUCUCCCCAUUUCACUCCAUCCCUAACUACAGGUAUGGUCCUACAGUAUCCUAUCUGUCUGCAGUGUGGCAGAUGUUCAGGCCCCAGUUGCCCCCACAAGUUCCAUGACUCUGUUGGGCCUUGGCUGCUUAUCUAUCCACAGCUUCGCCUUUUUCGUAACUCUGAAGGACAUGGAGAGUUUCGAGUAGACCUUGGCUUUAGGUUGAGAACCCGAACCCAAACCCCAAAGCAACAAAGAGAAGUAGGGCAUUUGGUGUCAAUGAGACAUGGAUCAUCACAGCCUGAUCCAAAAGGGAAGAGGAAGGGUAACAUCUGUACCUGUCAUGUCACCAAGAAAAAUUUUACUCGAAGCCCCUACAGUAAAACAGACUUAGGACCUGAGCCUUUCCAGACUCCCAAGCCUUCUCAAACCCCUGGACCCAUUCAAGUCCAUAUCAAAAGAAAUUUACCUGGCAGACGAGUAGAGGUUGCAAAAGCAGAAAGUGGAAAGCCUGAGCAGUAUGACUUUAAAGUAGUUCAUUCUUUACUGGACACUGAUACCAAAGGUACCCAGGCUAGAGGUGAAGCCAGACGAAUCCUUAACUCCAAACAAGUAAAAAUCCCAAAGGAGAUCAGAACUACAACUCAGAAAACUGAAAGAGUGCCAAGACAUAGUACCCCCAAGGUUAGAGAGCCACAUCCAGAGAGAAGGACUAUGGAGGCCCAGAAAGUAGCUCCUCCAAGCAGAAAUUCUGAGAAGUCCACAGGAUUCAUGCAAUGGCUCUGCCUCAAUGUAAAGAGAGCACUAGGUAUGGCUCAUCCACCUAUGCCUUCAUUACAACAGAUGCAUUCUCCUAGGGGAAGGCCACCCAGGCAGCAAGGCUCAGUUUUCCCUGAACAAUCUCCUAUCCAACAUGAAUCCAAAAAUGAAGGGAAGCAGUGGAUCAAGUCUCUGAAAACAAGUGGUCUUGUCACUAAAAUGGAGAGGAGGAAACCAGAGGGAGAUGGGAAGAAAAGAGACACACUCAAACCACUUCAUAGGGUUCCAAAGAGUAUCAAGAUUAACCAGUCUAGAGCAUUUCUUAAACCCACACCAAAAUCUAGACCAUACUACAGGUCCAUAUUCCCACGCACGCAGGCACGGAGGAGGUCGGACGUGACGUUAUCCUCCUAUCCUCUUCAGCCCCUUCGGGUCGCGCCGUGA